UUGUUGAAACAUAUAUACCAGGUGAUGAUUUCAAAAUUAACACUGUUUAAUUCAAGAUAAGUGACUUAGAAUCACUUCUAUUGGAAGGGACAGUACAAGCAAGGAGAAAGAGUUGUUUCUGGUCACUUCACUGCCACGAUGGAAUGCAUCAUUUAAGGUUAGGAUUAGUGCAGAUGAAAGCAUAAGGAAAGUACGGAACUAAAGAAGAGUGAGCUGUAGAGAAGCAGCAAUUAGUUUGAGGAUUUGAUUUUUGUUGUGAACAAGAAACACAGGGGAAGCUAAUCUCACGGAGUAGCAGUUGUUAUGAAUCAUGAUGGUGGCAAAGAUGUUGUUGGCAUCACGUUUUUAUGUAGGAUUAGCAGUUUUAGUCACUCUCAUCGCCAUCUUGCUACGGUUCUCCAUGAGGCCACCAAUAGUUCAGUCAAGGCUGUGGACUGCUGAAGAGUUAGCUCUGUACAAUGGGACUAAUGACAGAUUGCCCAUCGUCUUAGGACUUUUGGGCUCUGUUUUUGAUGUAUCCAAGGGGAGAUCUCAUUAUGGUCCUGGAGGGGCCUACCACCACUUUGCUGGAAGAGACGCAUCACGUGCAUUCAUUUCGGGGAACUUCACUGGGGAUGGGCUUACUGACUCACUGCAAGGUUUAUCAAGUGUUGAAGUGAAGGGUGUUGUGGACUGGCGGGAUUUCUACGUCAGAAGCUACACUUUUGUUGGUAAACUGGUGGGCCGUUACUAUGAUAACAAAGGGAAUCCCACUAAAUCACUGAAGGGAGUGGAAGCCAAAUCUGCUCGAGGAGCUCAGCUUUUGGAGAAGCAAAAGGAGGAAGAAGCUAAACUUCCAAGUUGCAAUUCAAGGUGGAGUCAGCAUGAGGGAGGAGAAGUGUGGUGUACUGUAGGAUAUCCAAGACUAGUUCAGAGACCUCUAGAGAUUGCUUUAACAGGGAAGAUGAGUAAACGUUGUGUGUGCUUCAAUGAAGAGGAGCUGGGUAAACCUGAAUUGGAAGUCUAUGAGGGGUGUGAUCCUUUAUCUAAGGUCUGUAAAUUGAACUAAAUUCUGUUUUGACUCUUCUAAGUAUAUGUUGUUUGAAUUCCCCAAAUUAUAAAAGUUAAAGAGGAAACAGGAAAGAAGGCAAUUCACAUGCAUCUA